AUGGCUCCCAAUCAUGGCUCCCAAUCCCCAUUCAAUGUGGAUGAGAAGACUAUAACGGUCAUGUUCCAGUCACUAAGAGUCUCUGACCAUGACAUAGAGCAGUGUCUGCAACACGUCUGCACUCUCCUUCAGCGUGCCAUGAAACCAGUAGACAACAAUAGGAUAUGGAAAGGCCUAAGGAGGUACAAAGUCCGGAGCAAGAGAAGAAGCGAUGGUGAAGCUGUACAGAUCCCCAACAACAUCAUGCUGGGACCAAACAGCGGCGUCUUCAACCAAGGCCAGACCGCCCACUGCUAUGUCUGUAACCUCACAGAUCACCAGGUGAAGGACUGUCUAGGAGGACUAGGGAGCAGUCCUACAGCCAGCCCUACAGCCAGCCCUACAGCCAGUCCUACAGCCAGUCCUACAGCCAGCCCUACAGCCAGCCCUACAGCCAGCCCUACAGCCAGUCCUACAGCCAGUCCUACAGCCAGGCCUACAGCCAGUCCUACAGCCAGUCCUACAGCCAGUCCUACAACCAGUCCUACAGCCAGCCCUACAGCCAGCCCUACAGCCAGUCCUACAACCAGUCCUACAGCCAGUCCUACAGCCAGUCCUACAGCCAGCCCUACAACCAGUCCUACAGCCAGCCCUACAGCCAGCCCUACAACCAGCCCUACAGCCAGCCCUACAGCCAGCCCUACAACCAGUCCUACAGCCAGCCCUACAGCCAGCCCUACAACCAGUCCUACAGCCAGUCCUACAGCCAGCGCUACAGCCAGCCCUACAACCAGUCCUACAACCAGUCCUACAGCCAGCCCUACAGCCAGUCCUACAGCCAGUCCUACAGCCAGUCCUACAGCCAGCUCUACAGCCAGCCCUACAACCAGCCCUACAGCCAGUCCUACAGCCAGUCCUACAGCCAGUCCUACAGCCAGUCCUACAACCAGUCCUACAGCCAGUCCUACAGCCAGCUCUACAGCCAGCCCUACAGCCAGUCCUACAGCCAGCCCUACAGCCAGUCCUACAGCCAGCCCUACAGCCAGUCCUACAGCCAGCCCUACAGCCAGUCCUACAGCCAGUCCUACAACCAGUCCUACAGCCAGUCCUACAGCCAGUCAUACAGCCAUUCCUACAGCCAGUCCUACAGCCAGUCCUACAGCCAGCCCUACAGCCAGCCCUACAGCCAGUCCUACAGCCAGCGCUACAGCCAGCGCUACAGCCAGCCCUACAGCCAGCCCUACAGCCAGUCCUACAGCCAGCCCUACAGCCAGUCCUACAGCCAGUCCUACAGCCAGCCCUACAGCCAGCCCUACAGCCAGUCCUACAGCCAGUCCUACAACCAGUCCUACAGCCAGCCCUACAGCCAGCCCUACAGCCAGUCCUACAGCCAGCCCUACAGCCAGCCCUACAGCCAGCCCUACAGCCAGUCCUACAGCCAGCCCUACAGCCAGCCCUACAGCCAGCCCUACACCCUACAGCCAGUCCUACAGCCAGCCCUACAGCCAGCCCUACAGCCAGCCCUACAGCCAGUCCUACAGCCAGCCCUACAGCCAGCCCUACAGCCAGCCCUACAACCAGCCCUACAACCAGUCCUACAACCAGCCCUACAGCCAGCCCUACAGCCAGUCAUACAGCCAGUCACACAGCCAGUCCUACAGCCAGCCCUACAGCCAGCCCUGCAGCCAGUCCUGCAGCCAGUCUUGCAGCCAGUCUUGCAGCCAGUCUGACAGUCUGUCCGACUACAGACCAGAGAGCAAGAGUGCUGAGGAGAACGAUGACAGCUUUAAGUCCUUCAGUGAGGAGCCAUCCCAAGACUCUCCCCUACCUUAUGACACAGGUCCUGGAGCAGACUGGUCCACUCAAACGGAGGCUCAUCAUGACGAGCCACCAAACCUUAGCAGUACUUAUGCUGCCUCCCACCUCCCUGACGGCUACCCUCCUCUGCUCCCAGACACUUCCAGCUCUAUCGAAAGGAAGCCGUCUGUCAAAUAG